AUGAGAUUAUUAUGGGGUCGUCUUGAGAGAUGCUCCCAGACGCGAUGUCUCUUACUGUGCAGCCGAUCAUUGGGCCAAAUACCUCGUGCGAAGUUGGACAUUGCUGCAAGUACAGCUUUACCACGACGAUGGUACUCAUCACCUAAUCGGGCAUUGACGACAACCUCAAAACCAGCAUUGCGCAAUGGCCCAGGCGAGCCUGGGGAUGCCUAUUUCUCCGCCGCUGUCUCAGAACAACCUCAUUCAGAUGACGCACAAUGGGAGAGCCUCCUGGAUCGUGGACUAGCAUACGGUAUCAAAACCCGAGAUCAGCUGCGCUUCGAGGCAGAUGUGGGCCAUACAUCGUUCAUUGGCUGUCGUCUAGUCGAUAAGCCUUCCCAUCGUCACGAAAUAGAGCUUUGGGAGAUCCUGUUGAUCGCUCAAGCUCUCCAAAAUGGCCACGAGGGGAUCAAAGCAAUAUGGAGAGGGAUGAAAUUCCGAGGGGAAGCCUUCCGGUUCGAAGGAGAUGAUCCCCGUGUUGAAGCUCUGUGGAAGACCUUCCUCUCUGCUGGUUCCGACGACCAUCAAUUUCUCUGGUCAAUCUGCAAGGAAGCCAAACACUUGAAGUACAAACGCCCAAAACUAUUCGCAGAGAUUGUUGGAGCGGCAUUGGAGGGCUCGCGCCCCCUGGAUGCAUAUCAAUUCGCAUCUUUCAUCGGCCAGAAGCACUACAAGGGGCGUGAUGAUCUCCUGGCCGCGUUCUACGCCGCCUGCCGCUCGAGCGAAGCCAAUGCUCUCAGAGGCUUUUGCAGUGUCUAUGAUGUGGUUCCCAAGAGUCGCAUCUAUGCGGAGGUGACAUCUCAUCUGUGGAGUCAAGACCGGUCGUCUGAUGCCUUCAUGAUGCACUCUUUUUUGAUCGCAAAGAGAGAUCUGCCACCUCAGUUUGAGCUUCUUGAACCCUACAUCAACUACUUGGCCCUCCACAACGAAAACCUCGAGAGAUUUCUCUUGCCGCUAAACCAGGCUGGUGCUUCCUUCGAGGCCCAGGCGCGACGACUAUGGUCAAUCGGCAGAAGCAGAAUCACGGGUGUACCUGCAGAUUCACUCAAUAUCGUGGCAAGCAAGACUAUGGGUUCAGCUCCAACAAAACUCAGCGAUCAGUUUGUCGCACGCGCUUUUGCCACUCGGGCCUUCUCCUUCGAUUUUGCGGUGAACAGUCUGAGAAUGAUCGGGCUGAUUGAGGCUGGACCUCUGGCGGUCCGUCAAAUGGCAUUGGCUGCACCAGAUCUAGCUAUAUUGCAAGCCCGGUUUCAAAAACUUCGCGACCUCGAGAUUGACACUGGAUCUUCUGUGUUUGUCCGGAUAGUUAGAGACGUCUGUGAUUCGGGACAUUGGGAAAUGGUCCAAGCGCUUGUGGACAACGAUUUACAUCAUGAGGUGUUUGAGGACAUCGAGCUACAGAAGCGGCUCUUGACGGAAUACUAUCGCACCAAAGACUGGAGACAGCUGAAUCGUACGCUCGUGGUUCUCAAUGACGGACAAUUCGACAACUACUCACGCAGCCGAUCCGCCAACUUCUUGUUGAGAGCAAUGAUGGAAGUAGGCGACUGGAAGAGUGUCCUAAGCUGUGUGGCGACUCUACAAGAGCACGGUCGACAUAUCUCAACAUCCUUUCCUGAGUUCGUCAUCUCUCUAUUUCGAACCACCAAACAACUCUCCGGUGGUCAAGGUCGUGGAGAUGUGGACAAGAUUGGAUUUCUGAUAGGGUUGAUGCAGAACAUCCUCGCUUCGGGAACAAACUUCAAGAUCAAGCUCUGGCGGGCACCGAUAAAGGCACUCGGUCGGCAAGGACGUCUCAAGGAGCUUGAGUCCCUCGUCUACUGGAUAGCAGAGUGGUACCGAAGCGGAGGCCUCAACGGUCAAGUCCUUCAAGUGCCCAUGUCGGGCUCGGGCACCAAUCUGAACGUCCUUUUCGACGACAAGUUUCAAAAGUCGCUCAUGUCAUGGUGUUUCAGACCUCGCAAGGGGAUGGCUGCUGUUUCUCCCGAACGUUGCCUCAGAUGGACCCGAGUGCUUAAACAACUCCGGGACGUCUACGGCGUGGAGGUCAAAGAGUACGUCAUCCGUUGGGAGUUUAUUUACCGCCUACGACGGCUUUUCGCUACGGGGAUGCGUCUCAAGGCACCCAACGCGUGGAUGCGGGCCAGAAACCGGACCUCGCUCACGAGGUACUGGGCUCUGUACGACCAGAUGUGGGAUAUGAAGCCAGCUGGUGGUCGAGUCAAUUAUGAUGACAGGAACGCAGUCAGCCUCUAUCAUCGCAAGUUGAGUCCGCUCAAGAGGAGGCGUUUGUUGAGUCAUUGGUCGAGGAGGAGGGCCGAACGAGGGUUGGACCAGCGAGGAACACUACCGGUUGGGAAUGGUGGCCAGAACAAUAAUAGGCAAGAGGACAUUGUUGUGUACAGAGAUCUCUUUAAUGCGUCUUGGGAGGACUAUAGAAAGUGA